AUGAAGGUGUCUUCAUUCUUUAAUCGCAUGAUAAGAGGUCCUUCCAUUUCUCAUAGUAUUAUUUACGGUAUUUUUGCAGGAUUUGCAUUUUACUCUAGUUAUGUCUGCUGGAGAGGAAUAAAAUUAUUUAUCUGCUCUACACAAGAUAUAUCCAUACAAAGUAGAUGGAGAUAUUUAGAAAAGCAACAGUUAUAUACUCGUGAACUUGGGCAUGACGUUGCCUCUUCUUACGUGUCUAACUUAGUAUCUGAAUACGAUCCUACUGCACUUCGUCUCCCAGGCCAACAGUUCGACUCAAAAUUAAAAUUUUAA